CACCCUCGGCGUCUUCUUGACUCUGAAGUGGAAGGAAGGAAGGAAGGAAGGAAGGAAGGAAAAAAAAGAAAAAACAAAGAAGCAAUCCAUAGAAGAAUAAAGAAAGGAAAUGGAGAAGGGGAAAGGAAGAGAGGUGGUGGUCUCCGCUCUCCAAUUUGCUUGUACCGAUGAUGUCGCAGCUAAUCUCGCCACCGCUGAAAGAUUGGUUAGAGCUGCUCACAAGAAGGGAUCGAACAUCAUUCUCAUUCAGGAACUAUUUGAGGGAUAUUACUUCUGUCAAGCUCAAAGAGAAGACUUUUUCCAGCGGGCUAAGCCUUACAAGGGCCAUCCUACAAUUCUGAGUAUGCAAAAACUGGCAAAAGAGCUGGGUGUAGUCAUACCAGUUAGCUUCUUUGAAGAGGCAAAUAAUGCCCAUUACAAUUCCAUAGCCAUGAUUGAUGCUGAUGGGGCUGACCUUGGGCUCUAUAGAAAAUCUCAUAUUCCAGACGGACCAGGUUACCAGGAAAAAUUCUACUUUAAUCCAGGCGACACUGGCUUCAGGGUUUUCCAAACUAAAUUUGCAAAGAUUGGAAUAGCAAUAUGCUGGGAUCAGUGGUUUCCAGAGGCAGCCCGGGCUAUGGUUCUGCAAGGUGCUGAGAUAUUAUUGUACCCCACUGCCAUUGGUUCUGAACCUCAAGAUCAAGGACUUGAUUCUCUAGAUCACUGGAAACGAGUUAUGCAGGGCCAUGCUGGGGCAAAUUUGGUACCUCUAGUAGCUUCAAACCGCAUUGGAAAGGAAAUAAUCCAGACAGAGCAUGGAAACAGUGAGAUUACAUUUUACGGAAACUCUUUUAUAGCAGGACCAACAGGGGAAAUAGUUGCUGCAGCUGAUGACAAAGAGGAAGCUGUUCUUGUUGCAAAGUUUGAUCUAGAGAAAAUCAAGUCCAAGAGGCAUGGUUGGGGGGUAUUCCGUGAUCGACGUCCAGAUUUAUACAAGGUUCUUUUGACAUUAGAUGGCAGUAAUCCCUUAUUGUGAUUUAACGCCCCUUGUUCUAGGUUCUUGUAAACUCUUUCCAAAAAUUUCCCCUUCCAUGAAUUAUAUCUCUAGAAUGAGCAAGAGUAAGGUGUGGGUAAUCAUAGAUAAAACUCCCGACUCGAAUAAAAUAUCAAAAGGCAAGUGCUUGGGCACAUUGACUUGAACCCCUUACCUGCUAUGUGGUUCACAAAA